AUGGCACAACGAGCGCAGAUCCAAGGUUUUAUGGACGAAGAGGCGGUCGCGUACGGUGAAGGCCCUUUUCAAUACAUGAUCGCCUUCAGCGCCUUCGCCGCUACCGUUGUCUUCCUGACGCACGCCUUCAGCUUUCGCUUAACGGCGCGCUCCAUGGACCACUGGUGUCGGCCACCGGACUACCUCUCCAACAUGACCGACGCCGCCUGGAAGGAGAUGGCCAUCCCCAAGGACGACAAGGGCACCCGCCAAAGCUGCAUGGUGCUCGACCCUCCCGACGUCGGCGACCCGUCGGCUGUACCUGUGUCGUGUUCUUCGUGGCACUUCGACCUGGAACAGUACGGGAACACCAUCGUAAGCCAGUGGAGCUUGGUCUGCCAACGAAAGUGGCUCGUCAUGCUAGCCGUGGCGUUGUCUUCCACUUCACCCAUCAUUGGUAUGCCGAUCGUAGGCAUCGCCGCUGACACGUACGGCCGGAAGAGCGUCAUCUACGUGACGCUGCCCUUUGUCAUCGUGGCCGCAGCGGCAAGCAGCGUCACGAGAUCGUUCGCAGCCUUCGUCUCGAUGCGAGUGGUGGUUUCGGUGACGUCGACUUCCGUGCUUGUCCUCGUUUUCGUGCUCCUCUACGAGGUGUCCUCCGGGAAACGACGACUCCAGUACUGGUUCGCGAGCACGGCCCUCGCCUACGUCAGCCUCCCCGUGGCUUUCUUCGCGACGAAUUCGCUCAAGCUCGACUGGGACGACUUCUACCGCUACCUGGCGGCACUGAACUGCGUGCUCCUGCUCUUCUACUACACGGUGGACGAAUCGCCCCGCUGGCUUCUCGUGAAGUGGAAGGUGCACGAGGCCGAGCGCGUCGCGCUGCAGGGCUGCUCGCCUGAACAGCGUCCAUCCGCGAGAUUGCCUCGGUAA